ACACCAGAAGAAGAAGAAAAAAAGGAAAGAAAAAGGCCAUGAAAUACAAUGAGAUUUCCCAUUUCAGCCACCCCCAACACAUACUAAAAUUCGAGUAUACUGAAGUUCCAUUCAAGUGCGAUGGCUGCAAGGAAGUCGGCAUAGGCUCGCAUUACCGAUGUUCCUUCUGUGACUUCGAUCUCCACAUGCACUGUGCAAUACCUUCUCUUUCGAUCUACCACCCUUUCUACACCAAAUGUUCCUUUCAGUUCUUCUACAGGUCGCCCGGUGACACCCCUCGUUACUGUAAUGCCUGUGAAAAGGAUAUAAACGGUUUCAUUUACCAUUGCAAAUCAUGCGGGUUUGAUUUUCAUCCGUGUUGUGCAAAGCUACCGAUGGUGUUAGACGACGGAGAAGUGAAUCUGUAUCUGCACAGGAAAGUGAUAGCAGUAUGCCAUAGGUGUGGACGUAAAGGGAGGAGCUGGAGUUACAGGUCAGAUUGCAAAAAGUAUAACUUGCAUGUUGCAUGUGUUAGGAAACUGGAGACAAGAAUUCCAAGCUUGAAAAAUACACUUCAAACGUCUCAUAAAAGGAGUAAAGGGAAGGUAAAGAAAUGUUGUGAGAUGGCUGUUUUGGCUCUGCAAUUUGUGAUAUCUGCUGUGCUUGGGGAUCCCACUGCUCUCACUGCUGGGGUUAUUGGAAAUUUGAUGUCAAGAGCUUGAACUGUCUGUGUUCUUGUCUGGUCAGUUUAAUUCAAUGUAGGUGCUUGUAAAGAGAAGAAA